AUGGUUCUUGAGGAUACUUUCACUAAUUCAUGGAAAUGGAGUUAUGAUGCAUACAAGUAUGGAAACAUGUGGAUAAGUCCAAGAAAGAAUUUGUUAAUGACACCGAAAGAUAAAACAGAUUUUCUGACCGGAUGGGUAAUACUACAUAAUCCUACCAAAGGACUUAUAGGAUAUCAGAUUAAUCCUGGAGUACUUGUAGAAACUACAGAAAUUGGAUCACUUGGACCAAAUGAAUCUCUUCCUUUACACAUGAAAAGAAAUACUCCCGAAGAUGAAGAAGUAGUUAUUGAAUGGAUUGCUAUAAAUAAAAUCAAAGAGUACAGUACUGAUGAUAUAAAACAACUAUUUACUGAGGCUCAUGAAAACAGAAAGUAUAGCCACAAGUUGAUAAUGAAAAAAGACGGGAAAGCUUCAACUACAGAAACCUUACCAACAUUUAGUGAGACCCAAGAUAAUGAUGGGUAUAAACUUGACGUGAUAAAGAAUAAUACACUGGUGAACUCAUAUGUGUUGAAGAAAGGGCGAUACUGUAUUGAGGUUGCUAAGAUAGAUGGUUAUGAUGAAUAUUUAAUGAAGAGACCAAAAUGUCCAUCCUACAUGUACCCACCAAUAUUGAAGAGAGGUUUGAAAGUUAUUACUUGUGCUAAAGAUGAGGGAUCUGAGACCAUGAGAUAUGAAGAGAAAGUUAUAAGUAGAGUACAAGAGGAUGGAACAAUUGAAUAUCUGUCGAGUAAAGAUGAGGAUGAGGACAGUAUGGGACAAUCUGAAUGUACACUUCUUACAGACCAAGCUUAUAAAGACUUACAGAAUCUUAGAAGGGAGAAAAAGGAGGCUGGGGAUAUAGCUAUGUAUUCUGGAACUAAAGAACAACACCGUUUAGAGAAGACCUUUGUUCCGGCACCACCUUUCUUGAUUACUAAGGGAAGUAGUUCUGCCUUAGACCUGGCUGACAAUGAAUGGAAAAUCAAGGCUAUAUUUGCACACAGUUCUUGUUGUCAGGUGAUUACACGUCCGUCUGUUCAGGAACAAAUCAUUACAUUACAUUCUAGACAUUUACAAGAGUGGUCAAGUAUUAGAAGUACUAACUUUGAGAUGCCUUUUUCUCUUGUGUACCUUCCUUCUGGCUUGGAUGAUGUGACCUUGAGAUAUCCUGUUGCCAUGACAAUGUUUGAUGAUGUUAAUGUUCACAGACUUUGUUAUAUGCAUGAAGACAAUGAACUAGGAAUUAACAACAUCCAUCCUACAGUUGCUUAUCCUAAAGUCAAGAUAGAGUAUAGUAAUGAUAACUUACAGUCUGUCUAUGUACAUGAUGGUACCAGAACAAAUCUUUACCACUUAAAUCAACCAAAGCAGACCUCUAUACAUUUUAUGGACUUGCCGGGUUUUCCUUUGAAGAAGGAUAUCCCUGUAGAAUACAGUUAUGGCAAUCUAUACCAGGCAUGGAAUUAUAUUGCACUUCUGACACACAAGUUGCAAAUUCCACCUCAGAUGAAGAUGCUAAAAGAAAACAAGGGAAAAUGGAGUAAGCAGCAAAUAGAGACCUUACUGUACCAGUUAUUACAACCUUAUGCCUCAUUAUGUGGUUUGUUUGCCACCCAGCAUGGUGGCCCCUCUUCCCAGGGUGCACCAGGUGAUCUCCUUGACUGGAUUGACGAUCUUGUUGUUGACGAUGUCCCAAUGAAACAAGUUAGAUCAGGAAUGACAGCUGAGGAACCAUUAUUUAUGGAAUACGGCCAUAUUCUAGCAUGUAGAGCCCAUGCAUACAGUCGUGGCGAUUAUGUACCAAUACCAGACUACUCUCUUGAAUCGGCAUAUUAUGAACCAUAUCAACAAUUUGCAGAAACUUUAACAGUUCAAAGUCAGCCUUUCAAUACAUUACCUAGUAACCUCUGGACAACAUUUAAAAAUUUACGCGUAAUGUCAAUCGUAAAUGUUGACUUGUAUGACACACAUAUAUUACCAAGUGGAAUAUCAAAGUGUUGCAAUUUAGAAGUUCUCAUUCUUGCCAAUUUAAAGGGCAUCACUGACCUACCAAAAGACAUCAUCAGUGGCCCAGUAAUGACAACAUUUUUCAUACACAACUGCCCCAUAAGAAAGCUGGAAUUUGAUUGGCCAGUCAAGAACAAAUUGAUCAAUUUGACCUUGAAAGGACUAUUGAUAGAAGAUAUUCCUGCUAACAUUGGAAGAUUGAAAGAUCUAGAAGAAUUGUGCUUAGAUUACAAUCCAAUUGCUAGCUUGCCAAAAGAAAUAGAGAAUUUGACAAAACUAAGAUUUUUAAGUGUAAAAGGAAUACCAUGGAUUGCUUCUGAUGGAAAAUUUGAACAAAUGCCAAAACAAGUCUACACCAUGUGGCACACUGAAAAUCCAUAUGUAAAAAACAACAUUGGAGAGGACGAAGUGGACCGACUGUUCAUUGAAUGUGAUGUUAAUAAUAACGACAUUUUAGAGAAGUCAGAGCUAGCGAGACUUAAUUUGCAAAUUAUGAACAAGAUUCCAAGAUUAGGAUGUCAGUCAAUAGGUGACACAGAAUAUGGUGGCAUCCCAGCUGGAGUUUUUAAGUUUACAUUGUUACAAACUUUAGACCUGUCAUACACUGCUGUAACCCAGCUUCCUAUGAUGACCAGAGAAAUCCUCACUCUACAGACCAUCAAUCUAGAACAUUGCCCUCUGUUAGAGAGUUUAGAUGGCGAUGUUGGUCUCUUGCCAAACCUCAGAAGUUUAAAUCUAAACAGCUGUGCAGCGUUAGAAACACCACCACGAGAUAUAGUAAAUAGAGGGUUCGAUUCUGUUCAAUCCUUCUUACAGAAGAUGGCUGGAGGUUUUACUGAGUGCCUACGAACAAAACUGAUGUUUAUUGGAUUAGGUCAAGCUGGAAAAACUACUUUACUUAGGGCCUUACAAGCUACAAACAAAAAAUACACUGGAAGUAUUCCUAAAUUAACUGAUGGAAUUGUCAUCAAAGACUGGAUGGUACCUAUUGAUGAGGAAGGCAAUAAAAGCAUACGAUUUAGUUGUUGGGACUUUGCAGGACAGACAGUAUACUACAAUACACAUCAGUUUUUCCUGUCUAAACAAGCUGUUUACAUGUUACUUUGGAACAUGAGGAUGGGAUUUGAACAUUCGGGACUGGACUUCUGGCUUAGCUCAGUAGUCUGUCAUUGUCCUGAUUCACCAGUUAUUGUUGUUGGAACCCAGUUAGAUCAGAUUCCAAUGCCAGACAUUAGAGAAGAUGAAUUGAGGAAGAAAUAUCCACAAAUCAGGAAAUUCUGUUAUGUCAGUUCAACACAGGGCACUAAUAUAGCAGAAUUACAACAAUCACUUGUAGAUGUCACAAUGAAUUAUUGUCCACAAAUGAAAAUGAAAAUUCCACUAUUAUGGCUCAAACUUGAAGAAAGUAUAGUCACUGCCAGAAACAAACACAAAAUUAACAUUAUAGAUUGGGAAAAGAUUCAAGAAUUUUCACAGGAAAAUGGUAUCAACGAUGAGAAAGAUAUCAAGCUAGCUGUACAGUUUUUAGACGACCUUGGUAUUGUCCAGUACUUUGACACAGAGGUUCUCAAUGACAAAGUUGUUAUUAAUCCUCAAUGGAUUGUAGAUGUGAUGGCCAAAGUUGUCUCUGUAAAUGAAACAUCUAUCAGGGAAACAAAAGGAAGACUCUACCACAAGAAUAUACCACAGAUAUGGAAGGAUUAUGACUCCAGUCUUUAUAAGUGGAUGUUGAGACUAACAGAGGCAUUUGAUCUGACUUUCCCAAUCUCUGAGGAGGGAGAGAAAAUUAACAUUGUUCCCUGUCUCUUACCAGAAAAGGAACCAGUUGAUUUACCAUGGCCAUAUCUUACAGAAGAAGAAGGAAUAAGAGAAAGCAAGAUAGAGUACAAGUUUACUUAUUUGCCUACUGGACUCUUCAAUAGAGCACAGGCCAGAUUGUUCAGUCAAGGUUUUAAAACGGACCAAGAGUUUUUGGAUCUGAUGUGGAAAAGAGGUUCCAUCUUAAAGAAGAAUGACCAUUAUGCCUUAGUAAAACAGACAAAUGAUUAUGAUAUGACAGUUAUUGUCCAGGGAGCCAGACCUAAGAACAUACUAGAUCUUAUCCAUGAAACAAUCAGUACUUUAAUCAAGGAUAACUUCGCAGGUGUGGCCUAUGAUUAUUGUAUACCUUGUCCUGAUUGUGUGGAGAAAAAGGGAACGAGGGAACCUUUCUUGUUCAAAGCCGAUUUGAUAACCCGAGCAAACAGUGUCAGUGCACCUUUCCUACAGUGUACCAAGUACUUUCAUACAGUGUCCAUAGGAGAACUCAUUAAUGUCCUCCCAGACAACAGGGAUACAGAGUUUGAUGUACAGAUGCAGCAGAGUAUUAGUGCGCUACAGGAAAUCAGUACAAACAUGGCCAAGGACGUAGCUAUACUGUAUUGUCCAGAUGAUUUACCCACCAGUGAGAAUAAAGGAAAGAUUGUAGAUCCCAGACAGAUUCAUAAAGAUUUAGUCAAGCAAAAGAUCAGUUGUUGGAUUCCAGAUGAUAUAGAUAAAAUACCUGAACUUGAAAUGACCAUGGAAAUUAAGAAUUCUAAAGUGUUAGUUGUCUGUAUGACUGACAAAUUUGUAAAACAUCCCAAGUGUCAUCAGAUGUUCCUGUAUGCAACAGAACAAUUACAGAAACCAUUCGCAGUAGCAGUAAUGGACGAAUCUUUAGCCUGGCAACAAACAAACAUUGGCUUCAAGAUUGGCAAUCCGUUGAUGGCAAUGAUAAGGAAUGUAGAAAGAUAUCCAAAGAAAAUCCUGGACUUGAUAGAAAUAGUAAAGAGUUACAUAGAGGAUGCUGAGAAGGUUGAUAGUAAUCAUCCAUCAGUAUUUCUUAGUUAUUGUUGGAGUAAUUCUAAAGAAGCCUGCAGUGUAACCACCACAGCUACAAAAACAUCACUUGGGUAUGGCGAUCCUAGAGUUCUGAAAAGGCAUCUUGAGAAAAAUGGAUGCAAGUCCUGGCUUGAUAUUGAACAGAUGGGCAAAAAUGGUCUGUAUCAAGACAUUACAGUAGGAUUACAGAAUGCCAAAGUGUUGGUUCUCUGUGUGUCAGAUGAGUACCUUCGUUCAGAAGCUUGUAUGAUGGAAGCUAGGUUUGGAGCCUAUAAUCUACAGAUGCCUAUGGUUGUAUGUGUUGUAGGAACAGGGAAAGCCUGGAAAUUGUCGGAGGUCAGUUUGAUGAUAAGUAAACAGGGAGAUAUGGCCACUGUUGUAAAGAUGCAGAAAAAAGAUAGUGGAGCUUAUGACCAAGUCCUAGAAUGUGUGAAAAAAUACCUACUGCGUCCAGAAACAGCAAAGCAAAAAAAAGUACGGGAAAAACUGGCAAAGCUUCAGGCUAAACAGGAUAAAAUGAAACUAGAAGAUAUGGAAAAUGAAUUAAGACAACAAGGAGAUAAUAGAUUUUCUUUCCAGGAAGAAGUUGAGUUGAUCCAGAGAAAGUUUUUGAGACAUAUAUCUAAGAUGAUUAGAGGUGAUGGAAGUGAGCUACCUAAACUAUUGGUCCUUGACUUUGUGACUGUAGAUGAAGAUGACAAUGCACAGAAUGUUAUAGAUGACCUGGGUUCACAAGGAAGUCUUGGAGGAGGAUUUUCAAGUUUAAAUUUGUUUUCACAAAGACCAAAGUCCUCUAAGCCUAAAAGGAAACAGAUAAAGGACGAUUGGCAAGAAGAACAAUUCUGUAUUAGAGCACUGUGUGAGGAUGAACAGGGCUGGCAUCUUGUUGGGAACCCAUUGAGUUUGACUAAUUUGAAGAAAGAUGAAAUCAUGAAGACACUGAAGGAAACAGCUCCAUACCUAGCCAGGAUAUAUGCUAUACUGAAACAAAGCUCCGUCUCCAUGAACUGUUUGAGUUCCUCCGCGAAAGAAGAACUUUUUAUGGAUUUUAUAAGAAAAGAAGGUAUUGAUACAAAGAAUUUCAGUGAUGCCUACAAGACUAUCCAUAGAAUUGUUGCAGAACAUGAUGACUAUGAACAGUUUAUAAACCAACUUAACAGAUGUUACCUCCAGACAGGGAAGAUAUCUUGGUUGUGUUCCACCCACCAGGAAAGGACUGGUAUAACCCUCCUUCCCCCUGGUACCGUCAGUAUGCACAGCUCAGGGUAUACAGUCCUGUAUGAUGAAGAUAUCAUGCUAUCAGACUUCUUAAAGGCUAGCAAGGAUUACCUAAAGUGGAAAGAUGAAGACUUCUUACUGGCCAGGAGACAAUCUAAAGACAGACUAGUAAAAAAAGACAGUGCUAUCAAGGAAGCUAAGAAAGAGAGCUUACCAAAGGUUGAAGAGAGAAAGAAAGAGAGCUUACCAAAGGUUGAAGAGAGAAAGAAAGAGCCUGAAAAGAAAAUUGCUGAGAAACCUAAAGAAAACCAACCAGAGAAUAAGAUACAGAAUCAGUCAUCACCUCAGAAGACUGCUCCAGCAUCAAAAAUCAAUGGAAAUGAACAGAAUCAGACAUCUGUAAAAAGGCCCGCUCCUGCAUCAACUGUAAACAAAAAUGGACUGAAACAGGCAGACGUCAAAGGCUCCAGUACAUGCUCUGUUAUGUAAAAUAAUGGACAUUUCAGUGGAAACUUCGUGAUAUUGAUAACAUCAUUUAUUACAUGUUAUAAAUUAGUGUUCUUUAAUAGAGCUCUUAAAAAAA